AUGCUGCGUGCCACACUUUGUCAUAUACUUUCUGGUAGCCUACGACUGAAUAGUAAUUCAACAUCAUUAAUCGUGAAUAUUCCUAAACGUCUUGGUAUUUAUUAUGGAUGGCCAUCAGUAGUUGAUAGUGCUAAUGGGAAUUUAACUGCAGCUAUUAUCACGUUUAGUCAAUUUGAUUUAAUUGUUUUUGGUGAUAGAUUAUCUGAAAGUUCUCAUGGCGAUCAUGUUAAUACGCAAACAAUUAUUCAAUCAUUAAAUAGCAUUGGCAAAUUAACUUUUGGUUAUAUUGACCUUGGAGUUACGACAAAAAACUUAUCUAUUUUACAAAUGCAAACAACUGUUGAUGAUUGGGUAACUAUGGGAAUCCAAGGAAUCUUCUGGGAUGAUGCUGGUUAUGAUUUUAAUGUAACUCGUUCUCGUCAAAAUACAAUGAUCUCUUAUUGUCAUGCAUUAAAUUUACGGGUAAUGAUAAAUGCAUGGGAUCCAGAUGACGUUAUGUCUGGAAGUUCAAUGCUUUUAGAUUCUCGUGAUAUUUAUUUACUUGAAUCAUAUUUAAUAUCGAAUGGUACUUAUCAAGAUUUAGCAGCAUGGAAAAUAAAAGCGGAUAAAUGUUUAUCAUAUUCGAAUUUAUAUGGAAUUUCAAUGGCAACAGUUUCAACAAGUUCAACUCCAAUACCAUCAUCAUUUGGUUCCACUCAACAAUUUAGUCAAGCAUGGUUUGGAACUGCUAUGUAUAGUUUUCAUUAUUUUCAAGUUACAGACAUUGAAUACAGUGCCAACGAUGCUAUGUUAUAUGCAUUUGAAUAUCCAAUAUCAUCGUAUGGAAAUACUUGGCAAACAAAUGAUAUACAAAAUGAUUCAAAUAUACAUUAUUACAGAUCAACAGAUACUCAUACUUUACAUAUUUAUGGAGAUGGAGUUAAUUAUGGAAGUGGAAAUUAUAGUCUUUUAUCUAAUGGAUAA